AUGGAUUCUUCAAUUGUGGAUUUUUAUAAAAACAAAUCUGUCUUACUCACAGGUUUUACAGGCUUCGUUGGGCAAAUUAUAACGGAAAAACUUUUGCGAUGCUGCGAUUUGAAAAACCUCUACGUCUUGGUUAGAAGUAAAAAAGGAAAGUCGUGGCAAAGUCGCGUUUAUGAAACAUUCAAAGAUCCCCUUUUUGAUCGACUUCGCAAAGAAAAGCCGGAUUUUACGGAACGGGUCAUCGGCGUUGUUGGCGAUUGUGGAUCAUUCAAUCUUGGUUUGAAUCACGAGGAUGUAAAGACACUUCUAGAUAAUGUCAAUGUUGUCAUCCAUGCCGCUGCGAUCGUUAAAUUUGACGACACACUCACGAAUGCGAUCAAAGUGAAUGUAAAGGCAACAAAAUGUCUCCUUGAUAUUUCCACGGAAAUGCGGCAUCUUCAAGCUUUUGUGUAUGUUUCGACUGCUUAUUCGAAUUGCAAUCAAAAGGGAUCCAUCGAAGAAACUUUCUACAAGCCCAAGAUUUCGGGCAACGAUAUGUUAAAUUUGUUGGAAUUUAUGGAUGAAAGUCUUCUGAACGACAUUACGCCAGAUUUAUUAGGUGAUUUUCCAAACACUUACACUUUCAGCAAGCAUCUCGCUGAGGAUUUGGUCCGAAGUUACGAAGGAAAGUUGCCGCUUGUCGUUUUCCGACCGGGAAUUGUCAUGGCGUCGUUCAAAGAACCCGUCACCGGAUGGAUAAACAACUAUUACGGACCCAUUGGCUUGAUGUAUGGCAUUUCGACGGGCGGCAUUCACGUUUUUCGCCUUAAACUCGAAACUAAUGCGGAAAUGGUGCCCGUUGAUAUGGUCGUUUCGUGUAUCUUGGCAUCCGCAUGGGAUAUCGGAAGGAACUCGUAUCAAUCGAUUCCGGUAUACAAUUUUGUGCCAUCACGCAAAAAUCGCUUGACAUGGGGACAAUUUUUGGAAGAAAACUUUGCAGCUGCCGAAACGUUCCCCAAUUCGAAGGCUUAUUGGUAUUUCGCGUUCGAAACGGUGGAAGAUAAAAUCAAAUACUCCAUCUUGCAUUUCUUUUAUCACACAUUACCGGGACACAUUGUUGACUUUUUCCUGCAAUUCACCAACACGAAAUUCAGGCUGAGCAGAACUUACAAGCUGAUCAACAAAUUGAGCUCUGCUUUGGAACAUUUUGUCUUCAACAGUUGGAAUUUUGAGCAUAAUAACGUAACUGAAUUAUGGAAGAAAAUGAACGCAGUUGAUCAGGAAAAAUUUUUCUUCGACAUGGAACAACUCAAUUGGAAAGAUUUUCAUACCGAAUCUCUUCGUGGUAUGCGAUAUUUCAUUGCAAAAGAUGAUCCCUCAACCAUUCCAUAUGCUUUAAAACGUCAUAAAGUCCUCAAAGUUGUUCAUUAUGUUGUCACCUACAGCAUCAAAGGGGUCGCUUUGUAUCUUCUUGCCAUGUUGUUCCUCUGGAUUUACACUUCCGUCAUAUUUCCAAUGUUCAAUUGA